GCAUUUUUAUGAAGUUCCCAAGUGAAGCUGUUAUUGGUCAGGAACCAUAAAGGGGAACCAACGACCUAGAGAGAAAAAUAGCUUCAUGAAUAGCAGCAAUGAAAGUAUGCAGGCUCCAGGAAGGCAAGGGACAUUUCUGCAAUUAAGCCCUUGCCUCUGAGGUACUUCCCAGUUCCCUCUAGGCGCCACCAAGGCGCCAAAGUCUCAGUGGUCGCUCGGAUCGGGGGCGUGUCCUGGGCAGGGGCGUGUCCUGGGCGGGUAGCGGGAGCAGGGUCGAGGCAAGCUGAGAGCUCUCGUGCCGGACGUUGCGCUGCCGCGACGCCCGACGCCGGCGGGGCCGAGGCAUUCCGGGCUCUUCGCUGUCCGUGGCAUCUGGCGCCAACUUGCGGUUCUUUGGCCUGUUCAGGAUUCUUAGACUCUGCAAGUAAAGACAACCUUAUGUUCCCAGUACAUGAUGGCUUCAUCUUCAAGCAGCCUCACUACUGGGAGAGGGGUUGGCUCAAAGCUAAAGUCCGUGAAGUUGCUCGAGGUUCUGAAUGCUCUAGAGGAGGAGGAAUCUGGCCACAGGAGGGAAGAGAUCUUCAUUGCACCACCCAACAAUGCUGCAGGGGACUUCACUGAUGAGGUCGGUGAUGAAGACAGCCGGCGAGGAACCCAUCUGCCUGGCAAUGUGCUGCAUGCCCUUGUUGUCCCCGAGGACUCUGGCACUGGGGAAGAGGAUGAUGACCUGCAGCUGCAACCAGCUGUGAAGAAGCGGAAGGGAGUAAUGGAACCUCAACGUGUUUGGACCAAAAGAGAUAUCCACCCGGACUUCAGCAGUUGGACAGCAUCUGAUCCUCAUAUGGAAGAUCUCAAAAGCCAGGAACUGAGUCCUGUAGGCCUCUUUGAAUUGUUUUUUGAUGAAGGAACAAUUAAUUUUAUUGUUAAUGAAACCAAUCGUUAUGCUUGGCAGAAAAAUGUCAACCUGGGUCUCACAGCCCAGGAAUUAAAGUGUGUUUUGGGCAUUUUGAUUUUAAGCGGGUAUAUCUCCUAUCCAAGGAGAAGGAUGUUUUGGGAAACAUCUCCUGAUUCACAUCAUCAUCUUGUGGCUGAUGCAAUUAGAAGGGACAGAUUUGAACUGAUCUUCUCAUACCUGCAUUUUGCAGAUAAUAAUGAGCUUGAUGAAAGUGAUAGAUUUGCCAAGGUCAGGCCUCUCAUUGUUCGCAUGAACUACAAUUUCCAGAAGCAUGCACCCUUGGAAGAGUUCUACAGCUUUGGUGAGUCCAUGUGUGAGUACUUUGGACACCGGGGGUCCAAGCAGCUGCCUGCAGGGAAGCCUAUGCGGCUGGGCUAUAAGAUCUGGUGUGGGACGACUAGCAGGGGCUAUCUGGUGUGGUUUGAGCCCUCACAGGGCACACUCUUCACUAAGCCAGACAGAGGGCUGGACCUGGGAGGCAGUAUGGUGGUAAAAUUUGUGGAUGCACUUCAGACGCGUGGCUGUCUGCCAUAUCACAUAUUUUUUGACAAGGUUUUUACAAGUGUCAAGUUGAUGUCCAUUUUGAGGAAGAAAGGAGUGAAGGCCACAGGAACUGUUCGUGAAUACAGAACUGAGCGAUGUCCUCUUAAAGAUCCCAAAGAACUGAAAAAAAUGAAGAGGGGUUCGUUUGAUUACAAAGUUGACGAAAGUGAGGAGAUCAUUGUAUGCCGCUGGCAUGAUAGCAGCGUGGUCAACAUCUGCUCCAACGCUGUGGGCAUAGAGCCAGUGGGGCUGACCAGCCCUCCCUCAGGAGUGACCAAGACACAGACCCAAGUUCAUCAGCCAUCCCUCCUGAGGCUGUACCAGGAGAAGGUGGGAGGUGUCAGCCGGAUGGACCAGAACAUCGCCAAGUACAAGGUAAAGAUCCGGGGUAUGAAGUGGUACUCAAGUUUCAUUGGCUAUGUGAUCGAUGCUGCUCUUAACAAUGCAUGGCAGCUGCACCGGAUAUGCUGCCACGAUGCCCAGGUGGACCUUCUGGCCUUCCGGAGAUAUGUGGCCUGUGUAUACCUAGAGAGUAACGCGGACACGUCAUCCCAAGGGAGGCGAAGCAGGCGGCUGGAAACUGAGAGCCGCUUUGACAUGAUUGGGCACUGGAUCAUCCAUCAGGACAAGAGGACCCGGUGCGCCCUGUGCCAUUCACAGACCAACACUCGCUGUGAGAAGUGCCAAAAGGGUGUCCAUGCCAAGUGCUUCAGGGCAUACCACAUCCGGUAAUACCUGAUGGGCAGAGGGAGCCCUCUGGAUGUUUGGUUUAUGAUGAGAUAUUUACAACUAAUUAUAUAUAGCAUUUGGGGCACUUGUGUGUGUUGUGUUAAAAAGAGACCUGGAUUCUUGAUAAUAUGGCUUUGUAUUUUUUCCCAUCUUUAUUGCAGCUCUCUUUUUUUUUUUGUCUUCUGUUAUGCUUAAAUGUAAUAUAAAUUAAUAUUUAUAUUAUCAAUCAUAAAUCUUUGUAAAUGUAUAUUUCAUGGUGUUAUUUAUUUCAACUUAUAGGCCCCUUUUUAUUCAAAUAAAAAACUUGCUUUAGUGUUAAGCUGUCUUGUAAGAACAAUCAAAUGUAACCAGAACUUUUAGAGAAACUUUUGUGAACAGUAAAAAAAAUUUUAUAUAUAGUGCAUGCUAUCAGUUAUAAUCUAAGACAAUAGGCAAUAAUAGUAUAUAAAUAUUGUAUCAGUAUGAUGAACAUCUUAAUCGUAUUUAUUUCAAUUUAAUUGAAUGCUAGCAAACUGUCCAGAGAUAGAUAUCUGCCAUGUAUUUAUCCAGAUGACUAGAUUUGUAGAGUUUGUAUUUUCUUGAUAAAAAAUAUUUUCCUAACACACAUAUAUCCAUGUGGAAUCCAUUUUUAUAAAUAAUGUGAAGUAGGGAGUUUUUUCCCCCUCAAAUGAUUUAAAUUCUACCUUCAAAAAUUCCUGGAUUUGGGGGAAAAUAUUGAAACAAAGAAAAAAGUUUAUGUUGGAAAGCCUAGCAGAAUAUAAUCCAAAAGGAUAAAAAGAAAUACAUGUAAAAUUCGGAUGUAUCAAGUCUAAGAGAGCAUACUCAGUAUCUUUAUUUGGGAAAGAAUUUUCUACAACAGCACACAUUAAAAAAAAAAAAAAGAACAGGAGUUCCUGCUGUGGCACAAUGGGUUAAGAAUCUGACUGUAGUGGCUCGGGUCACUGUGAAGGUGUGGCUCACAUUCAGUCCCUGGCCUGGGCACUUCCAUGUGCUGUGAGUAUGGCCAUUCAAAAAAAAAAAAAAAAAAAGAAUAGGAGUUCUCUGUUGUGAUAUAGAGUGUUAAGGAUCUGGUGGUGUCAUUGUUGUGGCUCAGGUCACAGUUUUGGCAAAGAUUUGAUCCCUGGCCCUGGAACUUACUCAUGCUGUGUGCACAGCCAAAAAGAAAAAAAAAAUCAAUAUAUUUGACCAUUUAAAACUAACAUUGACACCCAUUAGCAAA